GUCACUUCCACUGCGGAUGUUGCAGUUUUGUAGUUCCUGUGUAGUUGACCUGUCAGCGUUGUAGUACAAGCUGUCACUGCUGAAAUUUUGUAAGUUCGUCGCGGUGUUGCAGUUUUCUCCAGCAGCACAUCGAGCAGCAGAGUGUUGGACACACAGAUCUGUUCGUGUUUAACGUUGUUGCUGCUGUCAGCUGACCGGCGAGCUAACGGCUAAAGUCGGCUAGCACACAACAAACUCAACUGCUAGCUUGCUAGCUAGCAUCGACUGUAGCUAGCAGCGUAAGCUUCCUUUCUGGGCUUAGCUAGCCGGGAUACUGGCAGUGCAAGGAUAGGAAGCCGCCCACUCCUGCAGAGCAGCAUUCCGGGAAAAAAGAGUGAACGAUGGAAGCUCAGAGCUCUAGUGGACUGCUGCUGUCCAGAAAGAGAAGGAGAGAUGGCUCCAAUGGCGAGACGGAGGAGGGAGAGAGGCUUGGGAAAAUCCCCAGAUGUACUGUGGGAUUGAAGCACCCUGCCCCUUUCGCAGAUGAGCUUGAGCCGGCUGACGGUACACCCUACGAGAGAGUUAACAUGGAAGAGGCCAAGAGGGGAACACCCCCUGACAGACCGGUGCGGGUGUAUGCAGAUGGUAUCUUUGACGUUUUCCACUCAGGACAUGCCAGAGCGCUCAUGCAGGCGAAAUGCCUCUUCCCAAAUACACACCUCAUUGUUGGAGUGUGCAGUGAUGACCUCACCCACAAAUACAAAGGCUUCACAGUGAUGAAUGAGGAUGAGCGCUACGCUGCCAUCAGACACUGCCGCUACGUGGAUGAAGUGGUGCGAAACGCUCCCUGGACGUUAACGCCUGAGUUCCUUGCGAAACAUAGAAUUGACUUUGUGGCUCAUGACGACAUCCCAUACUCCUCGGCAGGCAGUGAUGACGUGUACAAGCACAUUAAGGAAGCUGGAAUGUUUGCUCCAACCCAGCGGACAGAGGGCAUCUCCACCUCUGACAUCAUCACACGCAUAGUCCGUGACUAUGACGUGUACGUCAGACGCAACUUGCAGAGGGGAUACACAGCAAAGGAGCUCAACGUCAGCUUCAUAAAUGAGAAGAAGUAUCACCUGCAGGAGCGCGUGGACAAGGUUAAGAGGAAGGUCCGUGACGUGGAGGAGAAGAGCAAAGAGUUUGUCCAGAAGGUGGAGGAGAAGAGCAUCGACCUCAUCCAGAAAUGGGAGGAGAAAUCAAGGGAGUUCAUCGGCAACUUUCUGCAGAUGUUUGGCCCUGAGGGAGCUCUGAAACACAUGCUGAAAGAAGGAAAAGGCCGCAUGCUGCAGGCCAUCAGCCCCAGGCAGAGCCCCAACAGCAGCCCGACUCGAGAGGAGCGCUCCCCGUCCCCCACCUUCCGCCUCCCUUUCUUCACUAAAACCUCCCCGCCUCCCUCGCCUCCUUCCCACCACAGCGGGGCCCGCGGAUACCUCAUCAGCGAUGAUGAUGACGAAGAUGAUGAAAACUAGAGCGUUUAUGACUUCCUUGCUCUUUUCUGGGCCUCAGUCAGUUUUAUCUGAUCUGUCAAGGAACGCAAUUUUCACCAAGCUCCUGCUUCCAUAUUCUUUCUGUUGUUUAGGAUUUUACUCUGACCUUUAGCGCGUCAGUUUCACUUUAACCAUGACAGCCAGUCUCCCCCACAGUUUUUGAUUUUAACAGCCAGUUUUACUCUUUUUGUUUUUGUGUAACGGUCAGUAAAGUUUCCACUAGUCACCUGAGUUAUUUGAAAGCUAGUUUAAUUUGUCACAGUCACUUUUGAUGUUGAGUUUUUUUAAGCCCCUCACUGUGGAUUAGGAAUACGUGUGGCUAUUAUACUCCGUAUUCUUAAAAGUGGCGUUCUAGUGAGGUAAAAGAUCUUGUUUAUGUUUUUUUCACAGCUUUCUUUAGCAGGAGGGCUCCCAGGUUGUUUUGGUCACAUGUUGGAUCAGCACAUUGAGUUUGGUGUGGGAGAGGUUAGCUGAAACCUCGCAGAGACACUGUUAUAUGGAUAUCUGUGGUGGGAAGUUUUUCUAGAGCAGGUCAGGAAAACUGGACAUUCUAAUGAUCUGCUCAUGCCGGGCGGUUUAUAAUCUGCUCGUACUAACAACAAAUCAACUUGUCUUUUUAUUUGAAAUAACAGCGGGGACUCCAGAUUACAAUUUGAGCUGACUCUGAGGAUUAAGUGUUAAAUGUCCUUCUAAACAGCAGCUUUUUUCCCCACGUUUGUUCGCCUGCUUUGGGGCUGCAAGUGUCUGUGUGUAUGUGCAUGUCAUGUUUUUGCGUGCAAGCUCCUGCGUCGGCAUGUUUGAAAUGUCUCUUGUCAACAUACUUCAUCUGUUGAUGGACCUGGGUUCAGCUUUCAUUAAUAGUAACAAAUUAACUCUUAAACGUUCAGUCCUCAAAGGAUGAAUUUCAAACUGGAUGUGGUGUUUGAGAAAGUCGUGACCCGUUUAAAUAUGGAUGUGGAAAUACUUAUUUUUGUAGAAGUUCUGUCCUUUCUUUCGCCUCUGUACAGAAAGUGAUCUUAGUCGUCCCUGUUUAGAAGUGCUUUACAGGCUGAGCAGUGGAUCAACAUGAUGAGAGAUAGAGGAGUUCUAUGUAUUUUUGUAGUGCAGACCCUGCGUCGCCUGGGCCUGUUAACAAAUAAUAAACUUCAUCUGAAACACAAGAUUACAGUAUGAAGUAUUACAUCUUUGCAGUGACCAAAGAACUCUUCAAACACCCUACUACACCCUAUGAGCACAUGACUAAAGCCUGCAGCACACAGAGGGCAGAAUAUAAAGGAUGAACCUAAUAUUUUUCAAAAUCCUCAUCAGUCCAGUUUGUCAGAUUACCCUGUAUGGUGUGAGGGAUCCAUUUUUCUGCACCAAUGAGACUCUGGAACAACAUUUUCUGUUUAUAGCUACCUCCUUCCUCCCCAUUUCUGAAGACGAGCACAAAGUUAGAGUGUUUCUUCCUCCCUUCUGAACUGAGCCAUUGUUGCAGCACUGACGUAACACGACUGGGUCGAAUAUUUUAGAUGUUUUCCGGCUGUUGUGUGCAUCUCCAUUGAUUCAGCAUGUCUUGUGUUUUCCUUGUAUAACCGUCAAAAAUUGUACCAUCGCAGGUAAUCUGAAGAUGAACCGCAUUACUGUCAGAUGAGUCAAAUGUUAAUGUUGGCAGAUGUCAGAUUGAUCUGUUAUAGGCUCAGUCUCCAGAAAGAACUUGUCAAAGUUGUUGGGACAAAGACUCCUUCUGUUCCUGUGUGUUAAAAUCAGAUUUCAACGUUGGAAAAUCACUGCUCACAGUCAUUAAAUCCAACUUUUGGUACAAGAGUACAGUGAGUGUAUAAUUUGCUGCAGAAAUCCAGCCUAGAUUUUGGUGCUACGCUACUUUUUCUGAAGUCUCACCUUGAUUCUUGUGGAAUCUCUUCCUUUAAAUCAGUGUGAACUUCUCAUGAACAGCAUGUCCACGAUACGAGUUCAUAGUGGGAAAGGCUCGAGUGGCAGGCCUAUAGCAGCCACUACUGCAAGAUACAAAUGUAACUGUUUUUAACAGCAAGUGUUUUAAUCCUGUUUUAUUUCACUGUUUGGGUUUAUUUUUGUUUUAUGUCCUGGAUGUAGAGGAAAAGCAAGACAGGAAUAAUGUAUUAAAACAUGUUGGCCAAAGUA